AUGUCUAUAACGAGCGCGGUUGCCAACGCUGCCGCUCUUGCCGCGGCCGGCGCAGGCAAGAAAGCCGCUCAGGUGCAGUUGCAGGCAGAGAUCAACACGGAUGACGAGUGGGCCAAGUUCCUUAAUAGAGCUGGACUCCUCGUAAUCGAUGUGUAUACAGAAUGGUGCGGCCCUUGCAUAGGAAUGGUUGGAAAUUUGAAGAAAAUUAAAGUGGAAAUCGGUGGAGACAACUUGCAUCUCGCCAUCGCAAAAGCGGACACGAUAAGCGAUCUUAAGCGAUUUAGAAAUCGCAGCGAACCCACAUGGAUGCUUCUUUCGAAUAAGCAGCUUCUGAACGUAGUUUUUGGCGCGGACGCCCCUCGUCUAACGCGUACUAUUGAACAGGAAUUGAAAAAUGAAGAAUUGGUGCGGAAAGGAGAAUUAGAGAGACCCCAACGGGCACCAUUUGAGCUGACUCCACAAGAACAGGAAGUGGCAAUAGCCCAAGAAAAACUACUUCAAGCUAGAAGAGCUAAAGAAGCUGCAGCGGCUGAAAACUCCAGGAUAGCUCGACGUGAAUCACGCGCGAAGCGACUCGAAGCCCAUUUUAACGAAAUCUGCCCGGCAAUGCUCACUCCACAUGCGCAGAAACAUCUCAGAAAAGUCGCCGAUGCACUUGAACCGUUUGGUGUCAUUGUGGCAGAUAAAUGCCCGUUAGUUCUAAACAAGGACGGUCUUAAAGUACUCGCUAUAGAAGAUGAACACUUGGCAACAGAGGCGGCGGCUGCAGCACUGAUCGACAGGCCUUCACUAACUUUGCUACUGAAGAAGCUACCAGACAAAGAGGGGAAUGUUAUAGAAUUAUGUCGAUCGGCCCUUUUCGGAGAUGGUUUAUCAGAGGAAAACGAACCGAAGAAGUUCUUGGCAGAUGAGCUGCAGCUUAAUUCUGUGCCAGGCUUGUUUGUGCCGGCUGACCGACAUCAACGAGCCGCUGCAAUGGAUUUACUCUUUCCAAAGAUGGUGGGUUCCCUAGUUGAGCCUCCGACGCCAGCAGAGCCUCCACAUUUACUCAUGCUCUUUGGGGCGUGGCAGCGUCGAGCAAUUUUAUCCGUCACCGUUGCUCCAAAGCUUUCCAACCAAAUCCUUAGAUACGGAUUUUUUGCUGAUGCCAACAUUGACGAACCUAAAUUGCUGGCAAAAAAUUUAGACAAGUACGAGGAGAGACCAGAAAAAGACUAUUCAGAAACCAUAGCAUUAAUGGUGAGCGUUGGAGUAGAAGAACCAGCUUUAAUGGAUCCCAGCGAAAUACAAAACGAGCCACCAGACGCCCUGCUGACAUUAGGGCCACUCCAUGUUAGCGAGGACACAGUGGUAGGAGAAGAAGAAUGCAGGAGAUUCUUUCCACCAGGAUAUAGUGAACCCGAACACAAACCUAAACCUAAGUCUAAAAAGAAGAAAAAGAAGCGUCAUGAGACCAGAGAUGAAGGAGACGAGAUGGUCGAAGUAUCUACCGAAGUACCCGAGGAUGACAUCAUAGAUGGCUCUGCUGAGGACGGUGAAUUAGAGGAUGAAGGAGAGGAAAAGGAAGAAGAUAUUGGCCGCGGGGAGAAGGAAGAUGACAGUCACCUCGAUAAGGCGACCUCCCCACCACCCACUACUCAAUAG